AUGUCCGCGAGUGUCUUCCCCCUUUUUUUCGCAAGCUUACUUGCCGCUCUCGUCGGUUGCUACCAGCCUGAACGACUCUCCACGGCAGCUUCGGCUACCGAAGUCAGACCUCUGCCGCCUCCUCCACUGGUUCAAAUUUCUCCUUGAGCUGGUCAUAUCUUGUCUUUGCAGGCGUCAAAAACCAUUUUGCCAGAAGAGUUCUUAACUGACUUCGAAAAUAGCUCAGGCGAAGGUUUUUCAAGUUUCUUCGAUUUUUGGAAGUUUAAUCAACGAACUUAGAGCUACGGAGCCAAAGAAGCUUUUUGAAAAGUGAUACUUCCAACUGCAACGACGAGCACUUGCGCUUCAUCAUUAUCUCUGUGAGUCUGUUUGCUUUUUCCCGACAAUGUAGUUUGAAUGAGAAUAAAUGAGCGCUGACCCAAUACUGAAUUUAUUUUUGAUCACCAGCCUUUUUUAUAAAUCAUUUCACAAAACUGUUGUAUAAAAAAAGCAGUUUUUUUGAAAAAAAUGAAAGAAAAAUCAAGCUCGAAUUUUUUUAGAGUCUUCAAAUCACAGUUAAGAGUAUUUUACAAAAAAUGCGCGAAGCUAUUCACCAUCUUUUUUUUGUGAACCGUAUCUUUCUGCAUGUGCUUCAGGUUAUUUUUAUAAUAGCUUUUACACGGCUGGAAUGAGCAGUAUCUGGGAUUUAAGAUGUGUUCGAAACGAUCGAAACUAUGUCGUUCGUGGAAUUAACUUUAUUAAAGUCAUUUUCCAUCGUUAGAAAAAUGUCAAGGAACGCCUUUCUCAAGAAGCCUUUGAAGUUAUUCAAACGAUUUUGUUAAAACGAAAAGUGAACAAAACUAAAAAAAAAUGCACCAAAAACGCAACACGACCGCUUCGCACCCACACAAACACGGAAAAUUCGUCUUUUUAAGCCGAGAAGUUUGGUUUGUUAGUGAUGUAAAUGAUGAAAAUUCAAUAAUUUUGUUUUGGAUUGCAAUCAGCUCUGAAUCAGCUACACGGCUGAAAUUUAAUCUCAAUUUCAAAAAAAUCUCAAAUUUCGAUUUCAGAGUAUUGAAAAAAGUUUGGCGAAGUCGAAAAGUUUGAUUGCGGAGCGCGCGAAAAGAGAUCUUGGCGGCAGGUAUGACGUAAUCUGCACCGACGGGACCUUCUCUUACUUCAUCGCCGCCUCGCGAUUCUGCCAAGAGACCGUUGAGAACGUCUCAUGCGUUGCUUAUCGGUCAGUGGACAGACAAUACUUUUCAUACAGAAAAAAUACAUUUUUUCAUUUUUAUAAACUCUGUUCAACUCUUUUAUAUGCGAAUGAUGGCAGACUGAAUCAAUUGGACGCCGUCGACCUUAACGUCAUCAAUGAAAACGGGAACGACGGCCAAAUAGAGAUGAACGACGAGUAA